AUGGCUGAUGAUUCUGCGACACCAGAAAUUACAUCUCCCACGACAAGCAAACGAGAUCAGCUCGAUGAUCUCAUCACGCGAGCUGCCGCGAAGGAUGCGACCAAGGACCACAACUCUGCUUCAGAGCUAUACUCUCAAGCUACUGAGCUGCAGGCUGAGCUCAAUGGUGAACUGUCGUCUGACAACGCUGAUCUACUCUAUGCCUACGGAAAAUCUCUCUACAAUGUGGCCGUGAGCAAAAGCGAUGUGCUUGGAUCCAAGGUGGCCGGGGAGCCACAAGUGCAGCCCAGCAGUGCACCUUCUGCAAAUGCUAAAUCUGCCGGGUCAACACCCGCCGGUGACAAUCUGGCCAAGGACGCAAUUACAAGCGCGAUGGCCAAAAAUGCCACCUCCACCAAGGGCGAGAGCACCGACUCAGAAGCCACGCAAUCCAAGCCAUAUUUCCAGUUUACUGGCGAUGAAAACUUUGUCGACUCCGACUCGGAGGAGGAAAAUGGAGAACUGGCCGGCGAUGAGGAUGAAGACGAUUUUGCCAAUGCCUUCGAAGUCCUGGAUUUGGCCCGUAUUCUUUAUCUUAAGAAGCUGGACAUCGUGGAGGAAAGUCAGCAAGGGAAAGGGAAAUCGACCGAGUUACCGGGGGACGUGAAGCACAUCAAAGAACGACUGGCAGACACUUACGAUCUCCAGGCCGAGAUCUCGCUAGAAGCAGAAAGGUUCAACGAUGCGGUCACUGAUUUGAGAACUGCUCUCGAUCUGAGAUACGCCCUCUUUCCGUUUGAAGACCCUUCAGUUGCCGAGUGCCACUACAAGCUCUCCCUAGCUCUCGAAUUCGCAUCAGUUCAUCGGCAGGAUGAAGGGGAGGAAGACAGCGAAGAAGGAAACAAGGUGGAUGAAGAGAUGAGAAAGGAGGCUGCAAGCCAGAUGGAACGUGCCAUUGAGAGUUGCAAGGUUCGGAUGACUCAAGAAGAAAAGAAACUCGGGGUUGAGCAACACAUGGACGAGGACAAGGCGACGGCUGCGAAAAGGAAGAUCGCCAAUGUCAAGGAAAUCAUCGCCGACAUGGAGCAAAGACUCAUCGAUCUUCGCCGGCCACCGGUUUCCAUUGAGCAAAAAGACCAAGGCAGUGAAGCUAUGCUGAAAGGCAUCCUCGGUCAGAUUGUCGGCCAGUCACCGACAGAUCAGAAGGCUCGGCUUGAUGCAGUUACCAAGGAGGCUACAGACUUGUCUGGCUUGGUCAGGCGGAAACCUGCAAACCAAGCCGCCCAACAAGUUGCCUCGAAAAGACCGGCAGAAGAUACAGACGCGGAAAAUGACUCGAAACGCGCGCGAGUGGAUGAUGCUUCGUCGUGA